AUGAACAACAACACCUCUUCUUCUGCACUCAUGAAAAAGAUUGUCAUUUUGACAGGAGCCAGCGAUGGUUUAGGAAAGAGUGCUGUCCAACAUUUAGUUUCCGAUCAUUUCAAUUCCGAAAAGCAAGCAGUGCAUGUCAUUAUGGCUUGUCGUUCAGAAGAGAAGGCACUCAAUGCCAUGAAAGAAAUUGAAUCUCACUUGUUGAACACCACUUCCUCUUCUUCCAUAAAAGGAAGUAUGGAAUUUAUGAAAUUGGAUUUAUCGGAUUUGGAAAGUGUGAAAGAAUUUGCCAAGAAAUUUCUAGAGAAGAAUUUACCUUUGCAUUCAUUGGUGUGUAAUGCUGGAUGCUGGAGUUCUAAUGAUCGAAAAACGACCAAACAGGGAUUUGAAAUGACUUAUGGAAUCAAUCAUUUGGGUCAUUUUCUAUUGGUUCAUCUUCUUCUCGAUAAACUCAAACAAAGUGCUCCCACACGAGUGGUCAUUGUUGCUUCCAGUCUCCAUAAACGAGGAAACAUUCAAGAGCUUCUUCAAGAUCCUAAUUGUGAACAUUCCAAAUUCUCUGGAAAUCAAGCUUAUAAUAAUUCCAAAUUAGCCAAUGUUCUUUUUGCCUAUGGUUUAGUGAGAAGAUUGUCACAAGAGUCUGAUUCUUCUUCCUCAUCAACAAUAGGACAAUCAUCGUCAACCUCUUCUUCCAACAACAACCACAAUACAGCCAAUCAUCUUCCUCAAUGUGGAGUGAGUGUCUAUGCAUUGCAUCCAGGAGUGGUCAACACUGCCUUAUUGAGAGAAGCAAUCCCAUCGUGGAUUAAACCAUUGACUUCACUCUUUUUCCAAACUCCAGAAUAUGCGGGUGGAUGCAUUGCGUAUCAUGCCAUGGAUUCAAAACAAGAGGGAGUGACAGGCAUGAAAUUUUAUGAUCAAUGGAAGGAAAAGAAGAGUGUGAAGGAUAGUUAUCAAGAAAAGUAUCAGGAUGAGUUGUGGGAAAUGUCCAUGACUCAAUUAACACCUUAUUUGAAAGCGGAUUGA